GCCACCCUCUGAAAAGAAAACUUGCCCUUCUUUAAACCUUGCCCCUCUCACUAUAUUGUUAUGUUCUCUAGUAUUUGAUAUGUCCAUCCUGGAAAAAAGAUGCUGACUAUCUAUCCUUGCUGCUGAAGCUAUUAAUGGCAUCUUAAACCUCUGAUAGAAAUUAAGAGUAUGAAAGAUUUCCUGGAAUAUUAUUUCAUACAGAAACUAUUGACACUCCUGGGGCAGAUCAAAGCCAGAGACUGUCGGUAUAACUACCAAGGAAUCAGAAAGGGAAUUUAACAUAAACAUUUUUACCCAGAGAAUGGCAAGAAUAUAGAAUCUGUUACUGCAGGGAGCAGUAGAAAUUAAUAGUGUCAAUAAAUGUAAGUGGAGGGGUAGUGAAAUGCUAAUCAUUGCCAGGAGGGUGAAGGAAAUAAUUUCUGUUGGUAAAGAAACGAUGUGCAUUGUUUAGAUUGUAUUUUUGCAGCAUUUUCCGAAUGGUGUAGUAAUGUUCUUUUACACAGAUCUUUGAUUCGGGAAUUACGUGCGGUUAACAACAAACCCAUAUUGUGAAGCAUACAGAUAUUAGAUACGUUUUCUGACUAGCUCUGAAAUUAGAAUCUCUCAUAUGGGUCACUGUUUUUGUAGAGGUCAUAGUCAGUGACCCACAGGAGAAGCAGGUGGUUGCUGACAAAUCAUAAUGGAUAAAAUAUGCAGAUUUUACAUGGGUUUGAAUACCAGGUUCAUGAUUGAACAAUUGGUUGUGCUCCAUCUGUCCAUGGCCCACUUUUAUUUCAGUGCUUGGUAUUUUAAAAUGUCUUGAUGAAAUCCUGGAAUAAAUGUGACAUUGUGACAUCAGAACCUCCCACAUUAUGACUUCAUAAUUGCGCAUAUAUUUUUAGGUUAACUGAUGUCUGAUUGCAGGAAUAUGCAGUACUGCACACCCUACAAUGUAGAUGAUGACCUGGUGAAGUUUGAAGCAUCUGGAAGGAACUCUGGUGUUGAUAUUGAAUUUCAUGAAUCAUGCAGUGAAGUCCGUGUUCUCCAGGACAUGGUGAAAGAAAUGGGCAAUGUGGAGGAUGUAUAUUGGCAACUGAAGAAACAAAACUUUUGGCUGCAGCAGCAACAGGAGAGUCUUCUUGGCCAGUUCAGUUUUUACGAACAAGAGAUUGAGAAACUGGAGGAUCAGAGAUGUCAGCAGGAGCACAUUGUUAAGGACAUGAUCAACAAGGCAAAGUUCCUUCAUGAAGUGUUAGAUGAAGCCAGAAUGUUAUCUGAAGACAGAGAUCACAUCAUAACUGUGAAAAAUCUGUACAUUGAUCAACUGAUGAACACGCUUGAGAUGAUGUUGGAAUCAAACAUGCACCUAAGAGAAGAAUGCACUUACCUGCAGAAAGAACUGAAGAGCUUGGAAGUAACUCGGAAACCUGAAUGGAAACCUCUGGAGACUUUGCGCCCCACCCAAGGUUUCCGUGCGGUUCCCGGAGGUUGCAGGUGGUGGCCGGAGGUUGCAGGUAGUGAAAGCAGUCUAAAUGGACUGGAACCAAGUCAAGAGAUUGAUGUCCAGCCGGAAACUCCAAGAACUUCAUCCUUCAUCUUUUGCUUCCCAUUUCUUCACAGAAAAAAAUCCAAGGCACCAAAGGACAGGAGUGCUCACGGACUGAAAAGCAAAUGAAGAGUAAAGAGGAGAGGAAAUGGUUUCAUUUUGCAUUCUUUUUAUCCUCUGUUCUGUAUUUUGAAACUUUAAAUGUUUCCUUUUACCAUGGAGGCCUGACUGUAUCUUUCAUUGAGGGGAUAACUAUCAUUUUAUAAAAGAACAAUAUUGUGGUUGCUAUUGAGUUGGGAGGAAUGGCAAUUUUUUUAAAGAGGGAGGAAGGAAAAUAUAAAAUGGAAACAACAGCAACAUCUGAUAACAACAGAGUAAUUCCUGCAGACAAAAAAGGAGCAAAUUGGAAAUAGUUUCUCUAUAUAUAAACACACUCUCAGACUUGUAUCCGUCCAGUCACUGUUGAACUUAUUGAUAAUGACCUUCAGUCAAAGUAGGAUUGUGCUACAAGUGGCCAGUGACUCUGAAUAUAUAAUUCUGUUACCAAUAUUUCAAUAGCUCAUGAACUUAGUUGGAAUGGAAUGCAAAAUCCGAAUACUCUGAUUGUAAUUUGUUGCUACCUGUCACAUACAGCAGUUGGGAUAUGUGAACUCAGAUUAGACUUGCAGCAAUGACUA